UCGCGACUUCAACGACAGUUUGCGACAACCCAUCUGCGACAUUGACUAGCAAAACGCGUGCCAACCGCAGCCAAUCUGUCCACCAGCAGCACCGAAGCUUCCCGCCGAGUGUUUUGAAAGCACAAUAAGCCCUCAUGCAGCAGUGGUCUUGAUCGAACCAAUUAGACCUCUUUAGGAUCUCCAACGCGAUUAUCUUGCAACACGGCAGUCCGGCCCAGUCACCUUCGAUUGCCCUUUGCGCCAUAACCUCUCCGCGACAACGCUCGUUUUUGACGCUGACCCUUGCCUACAUUGUCUGGAACAAUGAGUGCUCUCGAUAUAGAAAAGAAGGCGAGCGUGAACCACGCCUCGUCCAGCGAAAAUGCCUCUGGAUCUGAUGAUGCAGACGGACUUAGGCUGGCCGAGAUGGGGUACACGCAGGAUUUGCAACGCAAUUUCUCCUUGCUUUCACUGGUUGGGAUUGCGUUCUGUAUGUCCAAUUCCUGGUUCGGUAUCUCGGCAUCCUUGAUCACCGGUAUCAGCUCUGGUGGUACAGUUCUCAUCAUCUACGGCUUGUUUUGGAUCACCUUCAUCUCGUGUUGUGUUGCUGCCUCGCUUUCGGAACUGGCUAGCUCCAUGCCCAACUCUGGUGGCCAAUAUUUCUGGGCGAACGAACUUGCUCCGAAAAAGUAUGCUCGGUUUUCGUCCUACGUCACUGGCUGGUUCGGAUAUGCGGGUGCCAUCUUCGCCAGUGCUAGUGUUGUACUCAGUCUCGGAUCCGGUGUUGUGGGAAUGUGGCAGCUUGGCCAUCCAUCAUUUGUUCCCCAAGCCUGGCAUACUGUAGUAGCAUACCAACUCAUCAACUUCUUCUGCUACCUCUUCAAUUGCUGGGGUAAAUUCUUGCCCGCCGUCGCCAAGGCCACGCUAUAUAUCUCUCUGCUGUCGUUCCUGGUCAUCCUGAUCGUUGUUCCGGCUUGUGCCAAUCCGCAUGCGAGCGGGUCUUUCGUGUUUGGGCACUUUGCUAACGCUACCGGCUGGAAGUCGGAUGGAAUCGCAUUCAUUGUCGGUCUGAUCAACCCGAACUGGAUCUUCGCCUGCUUGGAUUCCGCAACUCAUCUUGCCGAAGAGGUGCCACAACCCGAGAAGAACAUUCCCAUUGCCAUCAUGACGACAGUUGGUCUUGGUUUUGUUACCGCAUGGUUCUAUUGUGUUGCCAUGUUCUUCAGCAUCACUGACCUUGAUGCGCUCCUGAACUCCGCUACCGGAGUCCCCAUUCUGGAACUUUACUACCAAGCCCUGAGAAAUAGGGCCGGUGCCAUUGUUCUGGAAACUCUCUUGGUGGUGACAGGCAUGGGCUGUCUGAUUGCAUGCCACACUUGGCAGUCACGUCUUGCUUGGGCCUUCGCUCGGGACCGCGGUAUGCCUGGACACCAGUGGCUCUCCCAGGUCAACAAGAAGCUAGAUGUGCCGAUCGCCGCCCACACCGCAAGCUGUUUCAUCGUGGCCGUUCUUGGCUUGCUCUACCUCGGAUCCUCCACUGCAUUCAACAGUAUGGUCACAGCAUGUAUCUCUCUGCUGUACAUCUCAUACUCGAUUCCCGUUAUCUGUCUCCUGUACCGUGGUCGCGACAACAUCAAGCACGGUCCCUUCUGGCUGGGUAAAUGGGGUCUUUUUGCGAACAUUGUCACCUUAGCCUGGACUCUCUUCUGUCUCGUCAUGUACUCGUUCCCCGCGAGUAUGCCAGUCACGACAGGCAAUAUGAACUAUGUUUCGGCCGUAUAUGGAGUCGUUGUCUUCAUUAUCCUGUGUGACUGGUUCGUUCGAGGCAGACGUUCAUUCAGAGGCAGCUUGAGUUGUGUGGAAGGAGAAAAUACCGAGUAAAGCGAGGCUGGAUCAUCACAUACUCUGUUCACCCUCU